AUGCCCGAGACCGUGUCCGGCCCCGAGUACGCCUCCUUUUUCGCCGUCAUGGGCGCCUCGGCCGCCAUGGUUUUCAGCGCCCUGGGUGCUGCCUAUGGCACCGCCAAGAGCGGCACUGGCAUUGCAGCCAUGUCCGUCAUGCGGCCGGAGCUGAUCAUGAGGUCCAUCAUCCCUGUGGUCAUGGCCGGCAUCAUAGCCAUCUACGGCCUGGUGGUGGCCGUGCUCAUCGCCAACUCCCUGAAUGACAACAUCACCCUCUACAAGAGUUUCCUGCAGCUGGGCGCCGGCCUGAGCGUGGGCCUGAGUGGGCUGGCAGCCGGCUUUGCCAUCGGCAUCGUGGGUGACGCGGGCGUGCGGGGCACGGCCCAGCAGCCCCGGCUGUUCGUGGGCAUGAUCCUGAUCCUUAUCUUCGCUGAGGUGCUGGGGCUGUACGGGCUCAUUGUCGCCCUCAUCCUGUCCACAAAGUAG